GUUGGGUGGAGACUAGGGCCAAGUGUUUGUUUAGAAGAAGAACUUCAACAUUUAGAAGGAGUUUCUGAUAUGACAGUGAAAUUCUCGGAGUCAGUGAUAAAGUCUCAAUAUGAAAGUCUGUCACACUGUUAUCUGCUUCAUCUUCCUCACACUGCAGGAUGGAAACACUGUUCCUUACAAUGCAAAGAUUGCCAUGCAUACAGGAGUGGAAGGAGGAAACAUCACAGUUGAAUGUUCAUUUUAUAUCUUUGGAAAGUGGAAGCUCUUAUGUAAGGACCAAUGUGAAAGGGGAAACAUUCUCAUUGAAACAGCCAACGUUGUAGCUCAAAGCGGCAGAUACUUUAUGACAUACAAAGAAGAAGAGUUUCCAACACGUCAUGCAGUAUUUUCUGUGAGCAUCACACAGCUGGAAAAAUCUGACUCGGGGCUGUACCGGUGCUAUUUGGACAGAAACUUGGAUCCAUAUUUGUUUGAUAGCUUUCAGCUCAUGGUGACAGAAGCAUCAACAUUGGGCCCACAAUCUUUGUCAACUUCCACAACAAUCUCCAAACAGCCUGAAAUAACAUUUCUAAAUUCAGGUUUUCUCUGGCCUGUGGUUAUAGCUGUAGUUAUGGUGGUGUUGGUGUUGUUUGUUGUUGUGCAGCUCAUCUGCAAAAAGAAGACUACGGACUCUUGUUUGAACAAACAGAAAAUCGUGAAUUAUAAAAAGAGUGAGAUUGUUCUCUAUGAGAAUCUUCUGACGUUGCCACCUGAAGAGUCAGUAUACCAGAGCCUGGAUCCAGCCAGCAGGGAUGAAGACCAAGUGUACCUUACACUUAAACAGACAUGAAAGCACAAAUAAUCCAGCAUUCAGGCCUGAAUGUGUCACAACAGACACAGAUAGAUACAACAGACAACAUAUUUAAACGCUUCUUUAUUCUUCACUUUACUAAAAGAUAAAGAUUUUACAGAUUAAGCAUUUUAUGCCAGUAAUGAAUGUUUUCUUUCUUUUUUUUUGGAUUAAAAUGACUCUUCUUCCCUCUCAUUCUGGUGCAAAAUUAGAGCUCAUCUUAUAUUCAAAGGCGCCACCUGGGGGUGCUGCAGGAGUAGUCACAAAUAUCAGGAUUAAAUAACAGCUCAUCAAAUUGAUCUGUAAAGUUGCAAAGCAAUAAUAAACAUUGGUAUAUUGGUAUGUCUUCUUUCCAAACAGGCUUUCCAAACUCUGAGAACAUACUUGAGGAGAAAACAAACCCCCUCCCCCCAAAAAACAAGAAGCACUCUGAGAGUGCAAACAUCCACCGAUGGUUACAACAGAAAAAGAAAAAAAAUUAGCAAUUUCAUGUAUUUAUUUGGGGGGAUUUUUUUUUUUCAUCCACCCAUUUUCUUCCGGUCCCACCUGGCCACCAAGGACUCUCCCCCGGGCACCCUCCCCAGGCCUGGCUCCUGGGCAGGACCCCGGUAACCCUAUCCCAGGCAGGGUGAGCUGUUCUCUUGAGCUUACACUCAUAAGAGCCUUCGUCUAGUCUUUCACCCAGACCAAUUUGCCAUGGGAGACCCUACCAGAGAACAAAAGCUACCUGGCAACACACACACACACCCCGGGAUCCGUGGGAGACACAGACCCUGAUUCAUGGAGGGGAUUUUUAUUUAU